UUAUCACCCGGGCUGCUCACAGCUAGCUGCUGGUUGCUCUACCACAGUAGUAAUGCCUCACACAGCAGGACAAGGAUUGGCGCGGCAUCGCUUGCCAGGGGACACGAGGGGGGGGGAGGAGGAGGAGGAAGCGGGAAGCGACCACGACGCGAGAGAGUCGUCGGAGCGGUACUUCUCCGCGAGGUGGAUGCUAGAGAGGGAGCGGGCACGAGAAGAGUCGGACGACUGCUCGCAAGCUUUCGCGAUCAUCCCCGUGGUCGGGGUGUGCCUGAUGGUCCUGUACGUGGUAUGGCUGGACCAGGCGUCGCAAGGGCUACUCGUUUGGCUGGCGGGGGGAUCGCCGCUGGCGGAGCUCGUUCCUUUCAAGAUGCUUGGGGAGAUGGUCGGCGGGGGCGAUGAAAUGGCGAUUCCUGGGGCGUACGCAUGACAUUACACCGCGCAUGGGAACGUUGUGCGAUGGAGCGGAGGGGGGGGGGGGGGGG